CGGACUUCCGCCCGUGCGGGAAACCCCAUAGCGGAUAUAGCGUUCUCUCCUUCCGGCCGGCCUCCUUUUCGUCCGCAGCUGCCUCCACGCGAACAUGCCGCUCGCGAAGGACCUCCUGCACCCCUCCCCCGAGGAGGAGAAGCGGAAGCACAAGAAGAAGCGCCUGGUGCAGAGCCCCAACUCCUACUUCAUGGACGUCAAGUGCCCGGGUUGCUACAAAAUCACCACGGUUUUCAGUCACGCCCAGACAGUUGUGUUGUGCGUCGGCUGCUCGACUGUGCUGUGCCAGCCCACUGGUGGAAAGGCGAGGUUGACAGAAGGGUGCUCUUUCCGGCGAAAGCAACAUUAAACAGUGGACACUUGGCACGGGAUGGGUUUGGGAACUACGGGAACAGUUGCCGGUUGCGACCCUGAGUUUCUCUGGGGCACCGAUGGAAGUAAUAGAGUUAUUUUUGAGGGCAUUUGAGUUGCUGCCAACGGUGGCUAUUGGAUAAGGGAGGACAAUCCUUCCCUCGUGACUCUGGCACUGUCCUUGUAACCUUACCCAUUUCAUUCAAUAAACUUUGGAUAUAAAGACAA